CUUUCCUCUGCCGGGCGUUGAUCCCUCAUAAUGGGAUGUGCCACCGAGUCGCUCCGUCGGUCUAAAGCUACAGCAGGUCAACAUAUUCAGCGCGGGAGGCGGGCCUAUGUGCGGGGAGGAUGAGCUGCGGGACUCAGUGCUUGUGAUUUCAUCGAUGCGGAGCUGAGCUCAGACACAGACAUGAUGGUGACACGUGGAUUUCUGUGGGUGAGAGGACCCACCGUCCACCACCGGUUGGAUUAACUUGCGCGUCCGUCGCAUGGGUGUGUAUCGGCGUCCCCGGACUCCCCUCCUCCUCCUACUCCUCCUCCACCUCCUCCUCUUCUCCUCCUCUCCAUUCUGGCCCCGGCGAUGCGCUCUUUAAAGGAAACGGGUUUCGCAGAGACAUCCGGAAAACGCAUCCAUGCGCCACGGCCACUCCGCAUCCAGAUAUGCCUCUGACAACACAAAGCUUCAAGGUCUCAAGGAGCUCCCACAAGAAACCACACAUGCAAAUCGGCAUGGGUGCGUCAACACGGCUGUCUCGCUACCACGUUACGCGGAUGAUCUGGCUUUGGAGCGCAGUUGUGCAAUGAGACAAUCGGGAAUUAUCAAGUAGACUUUAUUGAUACGAAUCCGACAAUAUGGCUGAUCAGAGCAACAUCCAAUCCGCCGCCUCCAAGAGUAUCCGGCCUUUUAAAUCAAGCGAGGAAUACCUGUAUGCCAUGAAGGAGGAUCUGGCUGAAUGGCUGAACACCCUUUACGACCUAGAUAUCACUGCGGAUACCUUUAUGGAUGGGCUGGGGACGGGCUGUGCCCUCUGUCGGCACGCCAACAACGUGAACCGCGCCGCGCAGGACUUCCAGCUGGAAUACCCGGAGGCUGCACAGUCCAUGAAGAUGCCAUCUAAAGAUGUUGUCUUCCAGUCGCGCAACGUCGUCCCCGGCUCGUUCGUGGCGCGGGAUAACGUGUCCAAUUUCAUCACUUGGUGCAGACAGGAGCUCUGGAUCAAGGACGUCCUCAUGUUUGAGACCAACGACUUGGUGGAGAGAUGCAACGAGAAGAAUUUUGUUCUGUGCCUCCUCGAGGUGGCGCGACGUGGGUCCAAGUUUGGCAUGUUGGCCCCCAUGUUGAUCCAGCUGGAGGAGGAGAUAGAAGAGGAGAUCCGGGACCAGGAGAGUCUUGGGAUCGGGGAUGCAGGGGAGCCAGCUGAGCAGAGCUCACCCAGCAGGUGUUUCAGUCGAAAGGAGAGCAGUAAAAGUGUGGAUGAGGAUGAGGAUGAUGAGCCUGAUCCAGAGCCCUUCAUCUGGCAGCAGAAGAGAGUUUUAUGUGAUAUGCGAAAUUUGGAUGAGUUGGUGCGUGAGAUCCUCGGCCGUUGUUCCUGUCCAGCUCAGUUUCCUAUGAUCAAGGUGUCGGAGGGGAAGUACAAAGUGGGAGACUCCAGUGCAUUGAUCUUCAUAAGGGUCCUUCGUACUCAUGUGAUGGUGCGUGUUGGAGGUGGCUGGGACACAUUAGAGCACUAUUUGGACAAGCAUGACCCGUGUCGCUGUGCUGCUUUUGCUCACCGCUACCACCAAGCUAAACCCAGUGGACAAGGUCAGGGAGGUCAUAGCAAGUCCUCCAGUGCCCACUCCUCCCGCUCCACUAGUCCAGGUCCACACUGGCGAAAUGAUGGCAUAGCACCGUACAAACCUCCAGACAGACGGUCCUUGGAGCCCCCACCUGCUCCAUGUGCUCUUUCCGCCUCCACACGGCCCGGCCGUUCUCAGAACCCAUCCGGCUCCACUGAGACUGACUCUGGUGCAGCACGUACUCUGCUCCCACGGCCGCCACGAGACCGCUCAGAACCCCGCCACUUUAAUCCUCUCAGGAAUAAGGAGACAAAGUUACCAGUGACAAGACGUCUGUCUGGAGACAGUGACUCCUCGACAGCCUCCUCUAAGGGUGGAGGAGGAGGUGGAGGGGGACGGUACUCUCUUGGUGGUGCUUCUCGGCGCUCUGGUGAAGAGGUAGUUCUGCUUGUCAAUCGCAAGGAGGGUAAGCAUAUGAUCGAGAGGCCUGGAGCUGGAAAUCAGACCCCAUCCCUGCGUCCUUCAAUACCCCGUGCACGCAGCCAGUCUCGGGAACGAUCUGGACUCACUCCACUACUCAAACCCAACCCACCACAAGGAUCUUCUGAUGGAUCACGGGCAUCUCGCACAGAGAGGGGCCGCUCUGUUGGAAACGAUGGCCCGAGGAGGUUCCACGCUCCACGUUCCCACAGCCAGAGUAAGUUAUCCAGCCGCACACGGUCAAGUGACGCCAGCCCUGGACCUGUUUCCCGCUACCCUCAACCCCCCUCCUCAGACAGAAGAGAGGACCUCCGGGUCAAACAAGUGCCCCCAUCCUCUCCCAGAUUAGGUGGGUUCACCAAAAGGCAGUCAUCCUCGUGCACUAACUCACCUAUUAAAGGAGUCCAGAACAACAACAGCAGCCCCAGCAAGAAGACUGUGACUACUCCUAGACCUCCUGCCCCUCGCUCACCCUCCAUAGGCAAAGGUAGACUACUCCCACCAGUCAACUCAGGGGGGCGGCGUUCACCACACUCAUCUCCCCGCAACUCACACCAUCAUGCUGUCCGCUCCCCUCGGACGUUACAGGGCCCACGCUCUGCUGGGCGAGGCCACCAUAGGAACUGGUCUGACCAGGAGCGCCAGGAGUCAGAGGAGGAAGAAGUGGGCCUUGGUUUCCAGAUGUUGCCAACACUAGACCCCCAGAGAGAACAGGAUCUGUAUCGCAGCUUUGAGGCUGAGUUUCUGGCCAAUACACAGCAGGUUAAAGAGGUUCAUAACAGAGGUCCAGGAGGAGUGACCCUGCUGGGAGCUGGGACACAUUUAGUGCCAGUACCCACUGAUCCUAAUGUCACUGACUCCGCUUAUUCCUCUUCAAACUCUUCCUCCUCCUCCCUGAAUGUGGGGGCAAAGAUAGGAGCUCUGCCUGACCUCAGGGAAUCCAAGAGAACUAAUCCCCGUCACUUCCCACUGGAGGACCCUUUAAAUUUACUUUAUGGACACAAUUUUGGAGGACCACACAAUUUUGGUCCAGGAGAACCUGAGCACUGGGGGGAGCGUGGAGGUCUCAAGAAGCUCCCAGCCAUCUCUAGUUCCACAGAAGAGAGGGAACUUCCAUCAUCGCUUCCCGGUCUCAGAGACACAAAUUCAGACAUAUUGAUGCAUCAGGUCCCCUCACAGCCUGCUUUCCUCUGUAGGAAUAUGAAUGGAGACCAUGGAGGUUUUCCUCCUACAGGGGGGCUGACAGGUCAGCAGGGUCAGCUUGGCUGGGGCACAGGUCCUGAAGGAGAUGUUCCUCUAGAGAAUCACCAGCCAAACUUACCUUAUGACCUAGAAAACGGUGACGGCAGUGAUGACCUCCCGCCCCCAGAGGCUUGUCCAUCACCAGUGCCCCUUCCUCCCUCUGAGGACUGCUCCUUCCAGGAUUCCUCUAGUGAAAACUCUUCCAUGUGCUUCAGCCUGAGCGAAUCCCGCUCUGAGUCCCCCCCACCAUCUUCACCUCUAGCCAAUGGAGACCCAGAUGGAGAAGUGUUGCAGACUAAACAGGGGCAAAAGAAGGGAGAGAGGGUAGCAUCUGUCUCAAAGCACAAAAUGAGAACCAGGGUCAGGCCUCGCAUUGACAAUAGGCCAGAAAACAGCCCCUCACGUAUCCCCACCCCAGUCAGCUACAGAGAUCUUCAGGCUCAUGGCUCGCUUUCCCCAUGCCACACUCCACCGCUAUCCCCUCACUCUUCGCACUCUACCGGUCAUCCAGCAACAUGCAAGGGCUUCCAGGCCUUCGCGGAUAUGAUCCAUCCUCAACAACGUUCCCCAGCCAUGGGCAACAAAGAUUGCUCUUACCCUGGACAGUCAGGGAGCCUGGACACUGAAGCUUGGAUGUAGCACAAAUGAUACAGGGGGUUGUUGUCAUGAACUCUGACUACUGUGUAAAGAAAAAAGACUUAAGACUGGGCUAUAGACUGUUUUCAUUGCAUGUCUAACACUCCUUCUUUUUCACUUAGUUUCUCACGUUGCUUUUAUUUUGCACUCAAGCCAAAUUAUUUAUUACCAAAGGAACGGUCUUUAAUAUUACUUUUACUGUCAUUUUAAUGUGUGCAUGGGGAUGCUUUUGCCAAUCAUAUGGUGUUUUAUUUUUCUUUUCUUUUUUUUUCUUUAAAGACACUUGUGAAAUUCUUGAUACAGAGAGAUAGAGAGAGAGCAUAUGUGCUGCCAUGUGCCCCAUUGAGGGUUAUGGUGAAGUGCCAGGGAUUUAAAGCUGCAACUCCAUAAAACACUAAACCUUUAGUUAGAUAGAUCGGCGCCCUCUUGUGGUUUGCCAAAGCAUCUCUGCUUGCCUUGAUAGUCAAAGUACUGAUAUGACUGUGAUAUUUUCAGUCCCUCAACAUCAGUGUUCUUCACAUAUGAUCCACUAUAUUCAUAUUUACAGUAUACUAAGUAACAUAGGUAAAGGUACCCCCAUAAUACAUGCACUACCAAUCUCUGUACAGUUGUCUGUUGUUAUUAAUGUCGACUUUUCACAGCAAUCGAUGUGGUUUAAGAUAGAUAUUUGUUUUAAUGUGUUACAGGUUUUAAACAUUAUUUUAAUGCAGUAAAACAUUCUCCUUUCUAAGUGGAUUAAGUGUAAAAAAAAAAAAAAAGAUGAGCAUUGAAGGUUGUAUUACUUUGUGUCAUUGUCACUGAAACAGAAAUGUUGAGCGCUCUUCCUCUGACCAAACUGUACUCUGGAAAACAAUGUGCAAAGGUGAAAUGAAUGUGUACAUACACGUUGAUGUGGGUAUUUUGUACAUAAAAAGGCAUUGAAUAUACAGUUUAAUGUACAUACUCACUGUAAUCAGUUCUGUGCUGCCUUAGCUAUGCAAUAUCGGUGUUGGAAAUGCCUUGACAAUUCCCUUUGCCUUAAAGUUUGUUCGCAGGUUAGUUUUUGAAUGUUUUUGCUCGACAUCACUUAAGAUCUAUUCGGUAACACUACAUUGCCAUCGUUAACUAUUUAUGACAAUAGAACAUUUGCGGUGUUUGAGUGUGAAUGUGGGUGGGGAAAAAAUGAGGAACAUUGCCAAUUUUUAGUUAUAAAUUAUAUUUGAUGUAGGUGUACAAUUCAUGAUAAAGAUAUUUAAUUUAUUGCCUCUGAAUCCUGUUUGUUGUUUUGAAACACAAGAAGCCAGAUAACCUAGUUAGAGGAUAGAUUUCAAAGAAGUGGCACAAUCUAUGGUGACAUCUAGUGGCUAAAGAAAGACAUGUUUUAUUCACAGUCAAAAGAGGUACAGUUGUACCUUUUCCUCUGUACAUUUGGACUGACAUGUUCAGGUGCUGUUUAUAGCCGAUAUCAAUGGUAUUAUAAGGUGAAGUUUGAUGGAUGAAGAAUGAUUUUGACUCGAGUGUGUGCAACAGUGCAUGAAUAAUAGAUACUGUAACUGGAUAUGUUCUCUUGUGACGCUCUUGCGCAGUCGUCAAGAGCAUGAAAGGCCAGACUCCAGCAACUGUAUGUCUGUAUUUGGUGUGUAAUCGGUAUUUGAAAGUAGGAAUUGCGGUGUUAGUGCCCUGCAGAAAAUCUUACAACCUCCAAAAACAUCUUUGUUUGUCAAUUCAGAUAAUUUGGUUAGCCUCACAGCAAGCAAGAAGGUUCCCAGUUUGAACCUUGUUUAUCUGUGUGGAGUUCUCUCCGGCUUCCUCCCACAGUCCAAAGACAUCCACUUAAUAGGUUAAUUGGUGACUCUAAAUUGCCUGUAGGUGUGAAUGUUUGUCUCUUUGUGCCCUGUGAUGAGCUGGCAACUUGUCUAGGGUGUACCCAAAGUCAGAUGGGAUAGGCUCCAGCCCUGCCGUAACCCUGAUGAGGAUAAGCAAUUACAGAUAAUGGAUGGGUGAAUAUUUUAGCAGGGCGCAAACACAGUGAAUAGGCUAGACAAAAAAAAA